AUGUCUUUCGUUGAUGAUUUGUUUGACGAAGUAUUGUUGAGUCCCAUAUGUGAUAUUGGAUCACCAGAUCCACGUAUUCCGGAACCCUAUAUACCAUUACUGGAUGGUUUGGAGGACGAAUCUAUUGGAAUGAUCCCUGCCUUAAUGAACGAAACCAACUCGGUAAUGUCCAUUUUUGAAUCAAAUCUAAUGGCAGCUUAUGAAGGGAUGUCACCACUGCUACAAAAUCCACUUGAAAUGCAAGUAGGUAAACAACAUUUAGGGAACUCCUUUGGGUUGUGGUUACAAGAUAACGAGUUCCUAAGCCAGUCCCUCUUAAAGUUUUAUCAGGAGCCGAGUGUUCUUACAAGGAACCAAAUGGAGAUUGGUCAACUGGGCCAAGCAAAUAAUGGAUUUGCACAUCCAACUAUGCCCAGUCCUCGAAUCCAUCAUCGUCAAGAACUACUUCCUCCAGCACCUUUGAUACAUGGAGACCGGUAUGCUGCAUUUGGAUCACUUGAUCAGACUCGUUCAAUCGGGUCACAAAACUAUCCCCGGACUUAUCAGACCUUUGGACCAGUCGCUUCUUCUGUUAACAUGUAUCAGCAACCUCCCCCAUUCAUUUUCACCGGUAGACAAAAUGGAUCUCACAACAUAAGGAUGAUUAACAAUCCAACUAUGCCGACGCCUCGACCAGUCAUGACUUCUUCUGCUAACAUGUAUGGUCAGCAACCUUCCCCAUUCAUUUUCACCGGUGGACAGAACGCACCUCACAACAUAAGGAUGGUUAACAAUCCAACUAUGAGGCCAUUUCGUAUGCCAAACCAAGCCAAUAUGAUCCCUAUCUUCAAUGCUGCUCCCCAACAUAACAUUCCACCCAUACCCAGACCUCAAAUGUCUAUGAGUUUUGCAAGGCACAGUAAUGCAAACAUGCAGAGAUCAGUAAGUACUCGGGUUUCAUCGAGGAUUACCUUCACUGAUUACCUCAACACUCCGGUGCAGAUACGUCCACAUCCAAACUCAGUCGUACCUCCACAGGAUGGAGCUGUGGGAAUGUUACAGGAAGGAUUUGUGGGAUCUAAGCGACGUAUCUACCAAAGUCGGUUUGAAGUCGGAGAAUCUUCGUCUUCGGCUCGGAAGCGUCAGAAACGUGUAUCCAGAGGAGGCCAAAAUGUUACUCCAGCUGCAGUCAACCUUGUUGAACAGAGGCAAACAAAUAACCUAUACAGUCCAUUGUAUGAAAGCCUCGGUUUACCUGUUGAUCCUUACCUGAGGAACUACUCUUUUAUAAGGACAGACUAAAAGGUUGCUGAUCGAUCUUCAAAGUUUCGAACAAGUGAAGUGAUGAUAUGGUGGAUGCUCUAUCUCUUUUGUGUUCCCUUUUGUUGUUCUCAGUAUGGUACCUAGUUCCCUCAAACCUUGGACAAGUGAGAGGUUAUACAAUGGUGCAUGCUCUAUCUGGUUCUGUUUUUCCUUUUGUUUCUCAGUAUGGUACCUAGUUCCCUCAAACCUUGGAGAGGUGAGAGGUUAGACAAUGGUGAAUGCUCUAUCUGGUUUUGUUUUCUUUCUCUUAUGGUACAUUGUACACCCUCCUGUGGCAGAGGUUG